AUGGACUUCGUGGCACGGAGCUUCGUCAAGGCGGUCAGUCCAGUACGGGAAUAUCCCAUGUCCGAAGUACAUGAUGCCUUCAGGUUGAUGCAGACAGUUGGUCAUGUGGGAAAGACUGUUCUGGGGUGGACAGAUGAUGUGACAGUCCUAGCCAAGGCCCAGAAGCUCCCUGGCGGUGCUGCUACACUAGCCAGGUCGUAUCUGCGGCUGUACCCCAACGCUACCUACCUGGGUAGAUAG